AGGUAAUGAAGGGAAGAAUCUACGAAAGUAGGACAGGUCUGUGUCUUCUGGCACUAUUCGUGUCCUUUUUAAUUGACUAUCAUCCUGUCAUCGCUAAACCAGAACCAGCCUCUUUUGAUAUUGAAGAUACAGAGGAACUGGUGCUUCUUCAAAGGUUGAGGACUAUUGUGAGGCAUAAACAGGAAGUGAUUGAUCAGGAAAAAGAACUUACAGAAGAACAAAUUGCCAUUCAAGCAAUACUUGAUGAUAAAGCUCGAAAUCAAAAAGAUCAUCAAACAAUGUUGGAAGAAUUCUCCAUGGAGGAUACAGAGACACUUCCUGUUCCCAGUGCAAUAUUUAAUCCACCUCAACACAAUGGAAAACGUACCUAUAUGACUUUAUGUCACUUCAAGAUCUGCAAUAUGGGUCGAAAACGACAGAUAUAAAAAACAGCGAUUUUUUCUUAAUGCAUUGACUUUCAAUAAUUCAAAAAUCAAUUCGAGAAAAAAACCACACGAAAAUGUGGGAUAAGUUACAGCAAAAUUUUCUUAAAAAAAAAAGAAAAAAAAUGAUGAUGAUGAUGAUGAUAUUUAAAGAGAACGAAUUAUUGUGAAUUUAACCUUUAAAAAUCAGUUCGUAAAACAGAAAUUUUUUCUCAUUAAAGUGAAAUUAUUUUUCUGUCGUUUGACAUUUUUUUUUUUUUUUUUUUUUUAAACUCUCAUCGAAUAUUAAAUUUUUAAUUUAAAAAUAAGUCUACGAAUUUUGAGAUUGAAUUUUCUACUGGAGACCUUGUAAGGAAAAAUUUUGGUAAAGAAAAAUUAUAUAUAUUAGAAGAAAUGUAGUAACAUAAAAUUAUUUUUUUUUACUUAAUUUUUAAAUUUCAAUUAAAAAAGAAUAAUGUUACUUUUUCCUACAAGGUCUUCAUUUUCUGUUAAUGAAUUCAAUAAAUUUUGUAUCAUUUCUAUUGUGGCCAGAAGAUUAUCGACAUCAGCACAAAGCUAGGCUAUUUCACCUGUAAAAUUUCAUGAAAAAUUAAUGAUAAAUAAUUAAAUCAAAAUAUUUUAAAGACAACCAAAAGUCUCUUAUUUAAUCCAAAUCUUGUGUAUGAUUACAAAUAUAUAUAUAUAUAACUGAUGAGUUGUCACAAACUUUGUGCGGAUGGUCAGAACUUCUGUCAAAAGAAUUACAAAAAAAAAAAAAAAAAAAAAAAUGUUUUAUAUUCGUGAGAAAGUUAUAUUCAAAACUACAAAAGAAGGUACAACCAAGUGAAAGACAUUAUUUAUAAAAAAAAAAAAAAAAUCUGCUUAACGAAAAAACAUGUAAAUGACCAGAGUUGUGUUAAUAUGUCAAGACUCGGAAUAAGCAAAUAACUCUUGACAAUACUGAAUCUAGUAUUUCACAGUAUGUUCGAAUAUAAAGAAAUUGUUUUCGACAAUAUUUUUUUUUUUUCGUUUUGAAAAAUCGAGAACAAAGUCUUUAAAAUUUGACGCAUCGAUGUUAGUCUAUCUCUCGAAUUUUAAUUUAUUCUCUAGAUGUAGUUUUGGAGGGUGCAAUGGCAGAGAUCGAUAUUCAGUGGUAUUAUAGAGAUUCAUAUAUACCAAAGAAAUAUCAAUAUUUUCAAGCAGAGAAUUAGAAGAAAAAAAACAAAAAAAAAAAAAAAUUAACAAUAUUAAACAGAACGCAAGGCUCUCAUGCCUUGAGACUGAAGACGAUGCACAAAGUGCGGAUAUGAAUUUUUAGCCGAGUUGAAAAUCAAACAAAAACAUUUUAUUUUUUGUGAAAGUGUAUUUUUUAUUAAUGAAUGAAUAAAUGAAUGAAUGAGAAAAUGAAGAGUAUGAAUGCCAGCAUCCUUCGUUAACUUAUUUAGAUUAUUAUAUAUAU